CAUAUUCGGCCGCCUGCUUUAUUCAUUUCUCGGGCUUACAGUCGCAUUGAAAGAGACUCAAUUACUUGAUAUUCGUAAUAUUUUAUGUAGACAGACGUGGAGGUCGCUGCAAAGAUCACAUGAGUCACCCACACUUCUGUUUGUGCGAUAAGCAACCCCGGAUUACAGCGGGACACAGCGGCUUCGGACGGGAAGUCAACCCAACAGCGUCACAAUAAAUCCCCCCUCACAAUUGAUAACCCAACUACACUCGCAACUCACCAAAAUCCAGACCAAUUACACCGCAAUCAUGGCAGCUCAAGAAGUGAGGACUCCCGGUAGCAAGCCCGGCGGCACUAUGCUCUGGGGAGGUCGAUUCACAGGCGGUCUGGAUCCCCUCAUGGUCUCAUACAACGAGUCGAUUUACUACGAUCGCGCGUUCCACACUCAAGAUAUCCUCGGCAGCAUCGCGUGGGCGAGGGGAAACCACAAGGUUGGAAUUCUCAGCGAUGCGGAGUUCAAGGCUAUCGAGGAGGGGUUGAAGAAGGUCGAGGCUGAGUGGGUUGAUGGGACGUUCAAGAUCAUUCCGGGAGUGGACGAGGACAUUCACACUGCCAAUGAGCGCCGCCUUGGUGAGAUCAUCGGAAAGGAUAUCGGAGGCAAGCUCCACACCGGCCGCAGCAGGAACGAGCAGGUCGCUACGGAUAUGAGGAUGUGGUUGCGUGACGAGCUGAGGAAAAUCGAGGUCUUCCUCGUUGACUUCCUCAAGGUUGUCGCGGCGCGCGCGGAGAAGGAGAUCGACUUCGUCAUGCCUGGUUAUACCCAUCUGCAGCGCGCACAGCCGGUGCGUUGGAGUCACUGGAUGCUGUCGUAUGGUCUUGCGUUCGCCUCGGAUCUCGAGCGUCUGCGUGAGGUGAUCGCCCGUGUCAACCGCAGUCCGCUUGGAUGUGGUGCCCUCGCGGGUAACCCGUUCAACAUCGAUCGUGAUGCAAUGGCGAAGGAGCUCGGGUUCGAGGGCCUGAUGUGGAACUCCAUGGGCGCAGUCGCUGACCGUGACUUCGUCCUUGAGGCUAUGCAGUGGGGGUCGACUUUGAUGUCGCACAUGUCUCGUUGGUCUGAGGAUCUUAUCAUUUACUCGACUGGCGAGUUCAGCUUCGUCAGGCUGGCGGAUGCGUACUCCACCGGUAGCUCGCUGAUGCCGCAGAAGAAGAACCCCGAUAGCUUGGAGCUGUUGAGGGGUAAGAGUGGACGUGCGUUCGGCCAGAUGGCUGGACUCAUGAUGACCCUGAAGGGUCUGCCUAGUACAUACAACAAGGACUUGCAGGAGUCCGUUGAGCCAAUGCUUGACCACGUCAAGACUGUUGGUGACAGCAUCCAAAUCGCCACUGGUGUCCUCUCGACCCUCGCUGCGAACUCGGAGAAGAUGAGGGCUGCUCUCGAUGGCUUCAUGUUGGCCACUGACCUGGCUGACUACCUUGUUCGCAAGGGCGUCCCGUUCAGGGAGACUCACCACAUCUCGGGCCAGGUCGUUGCCUUGUCGGAGAAGACAAACACACCGAUGGAGAAGUUGACAUAUGAGCAAUUGGAGUCUGUUGAUGCCCGCUUCAAGCCGGAUGUCAGCGAGUGCUUCGAUUUCGAGCGCUCGGUCGAGAUGCGCACGUCCAAGGGUGGAACUAGCAAGAAGUGCGUGUUGGAGCAGAUCGAGGUCUUGAAGUCGAUGCUGGCUUAAAUGUGAAAAUGAAUUUUAUGUUGGGAGUUGGGAGGAAAAUCAUGGGUUACCAAAAGUUUGUCGUAAUAUCUAGACCUACAGUGUUUAUGCGGCCUAUAAAGGCUUCCAUAGGGACUGUGAUAAAAGCAUUAAUUACGAGAGCCUAUAAAAAUUAUACGUAAAAAUAAUGAUUGUU